UGACAAGCGCUCCGAGAGGAAAUACUUCCGGGUUUCUUGUCCAAUCACAAAAGAGGACCGUCACGGCCGACCGUUGCUGCUUCUGUCCACGAGCAGUGCUAACGCUACGCUAACCGAGACGCGGGGGGAGUGUAAAGACAACAUUUCCCCGCUUCUGUUUGCAUCAGAGGAAUAUGCCAAAGCUGGAGACCUUGGAAACUGAUGGACUCAGAUCAGAAUUAAUGCUUCAGCAGCAUCUGAAGGCCCUGAGUUUGGCCCUCAGGCAGCAGCUGCAGGAGACCGAAAUGAGACAGAAAGAGGAGCUGGAUAGAAGGAUCCAUCAGGACUCUCUGCUGUCGACUGAGUCCAGUGAUCAAAACAAAACAAAACAUCAGGCCAAACAUGUAGCAAUGAGGAGAGCCACCUCUGCAUCUGCCCUGACGUCAGACGAAAAGACGUUGCAGCAUCCGAGACCCAAAGUGUCUUCAGCCCCGAUGUCUCCAAAGUGGAUCAAUUGUUCAGUCAAAGUUUCCACCCUUCCUCCGGCCAGGACUCAACAAUGUGAACGCUUUGAUUCAACCAAGACAACACAGAUGAGCAAAGAGGAGGAGGCUGAGACCGAGUGUCAGAGGAAGUUCCGCGCUCAUCCGGUGCCCGGCCAUGUCAGUCAGAUCCUGUAUCGAGAGAUGAUGGAGCUGAAAGAGAAGGAGAGGAACCGGUGUCAUGAGCAGAGAAGGGAUUUCUUGCUUUCUAUUCAAAGACCUUUCAGUUUCCAGGAGAGAGAAAAGGAGAAGAGGGAGAGGCUGACAACAGUGUUAAACCAAGUCAAGCACAAAAAAACGCCUGCUUCCAUUAUGAAGCCUCCUAAAAAAGAGGUUAAAGACUUGUCAGAUUGUGAGGUAAAAGACGUGGAGCUUCGAAAGGGAGUCCCCGCUCAGACAGGAGUGGCACACGAGAAACCGACUACGUCCGGCUGCCCGAAACUUCGCACUUCUGAGCGCACCAGGAGAGAAAAGUUGGGCUUCCUGGACGAGAGGCCCAGCUUCAAGCCCCAAAUCAUCCAGCAGGUUCCUGAUUUCAGUAGGCUGCACAAAGCCCUGCAGACAGAAGGGCUGAGGAAAUCCCAGAGUAAAGAUGUGAUCAAAUGUCAGCCCUUCAAUCUGAGGACAUCGGCUCUCCCUGCCAGGCGAAGUAGGACGAGCGCUGAAAGCUCACAGGUUCCAGAAAUAAGCAAACUCAACAGAAGCAAGUCACUUGGGGCCUUAACGUCGCUGUCGGCAGACACACUCCCCACAUACAUCACCGAUGCAACGAGGCAGCGCAGCGCGGCCAUCCGCCUUCACAGAAAGUCAAUGGAGAUGAGGGACGGCCAGAACCAAGCGGGCGCCGAUUGGCUGAGGAGGUACCAGAUGAGAUCCCAGGCCAUGAAGAAGGCGGUCACGCUCCAUGCGAGGUUGCUUGACCCACACAGCAGCUUGAAAGCCGUGUUCAACGACAAACUACAGCACCAUCGGGAGGCCGACCAACACCGAAUGAGAGAGUACACGAGGGAGUUACGGGACAUGAAGGCGCGAGUGGCCGAGCGCCCUUUUUUGUUCGAACAGGUGAAGCAGGUGAGUGACUCGGUGAGAGAAGAUUACGUCACGCUGUCCUCAACGUGCCCCUCCGGCAUAACUUUGACUUUUACUAAACGGCAGAAAAAUGCAAAGGCUCAAGCAGAGCAGACAUACAGGAACAGGCUGAAGAUAGCCGGCGUGAAGGAGCAGUUUGUUGAAGAACACGGAGAAGCAGUCGAAGGGUCAUCAUCGUCGUUCAGCUCUGAGGAGGAUACAGACAAGAACCACAAGGCUGAGGAUCACAUUCGCAGCAGGGGGGGAAAUGUAGACAACGGGGAGAAAAUUGAAGAUGUGGAAGAGAAGAGCGUGAAGACCAAAGGGGAAGAAAUGCCAUGAUGAAAACGGUUUGGGCGGUAGAGAGUUUUUUAUGGCCUCUCCGCUAGAAAACAACACUGUCCUCCAAAAUUAUUCAUGUCACGGGCUGAAUAUUCCCACCAGACAUUUGAUAGCUCAAGAUGUGCAACUGCAAAUUAUGAGAUGACCAAACAUCUGGACUUCACAAUCUUUACAAACAACAUGGCUUUAUAAGUAAUUAAUGUUUCAUAUGAUUUGAAUAUAUUUGUAUCUUUUGCUCAGGAAUAUAAACACUGUAAUUUAGAGGAUGAUUUACACUUCAAAUUAAUUAGGGUUUUACCAACUCUCCCAAAAGGCAUUCAAAAAUACAAAUGAAUGUCUACACUUCAACAGGGAGACCUGUAUGUUUUUUUUUAGCUCUGUUUAAACAAUCUCAUAAAUGUGUGUAUAUAUAUAUAUAUAUAUAUAUAUAUUUGAAAAGGGCCAGGUCCCGUAAGGACGCCCGGCGUCUGACAUGUGCCUUUCUCAGAUGCUUGGGUUGAAGUUCCCAGUCAUUUCGACAGCCACACUGCCCCCGUAAAUAAACAGCUUGGCUGUGCAGAAUGCAUUCACAGAGACCACAUCAAAUACCCUGCGACACUGGCCUCCCCUGUGAGCUUAGACAACUGCAACCGUCUUUUACUAUCAGACCACAUGGGAGAGUCUGUAUACGUUUAUAAUCACGCAGUCAUGGAGACAAGUACAUACCACCACACGGUUGCUGUUUUUGGGCCACUGCGCUAUACGUUGAUGACAUAGAGGGCAAUGUUUACAUGAGUUGAGAAACGCAUCAUAUAAUUAAGUGUAGACGGUGACACGAUUGAAGGCGCAGUUUUGAAAUCUAGUUAAAAAGAGACUUAUAUGUUACAUCAAAUUACAGUACAAUUUGCUGCUGCCAGACGGAUGUGCAUAUAGGUUAGAACAGAGAAAAUGUCACUGCUACAAUGUCUGCCAUCACUGUAUUCAAAACAAGAGUGACUCAUUUUGCACGAUUAAAAAUGUUCCCGUAUGGUUAUUAAA